GUUGCGCACACGCCAACAUGAACACCGACACAAACACGGUCCUCUGACGCUCGCUCCCUGGAUCUCCGUGCAAACCGUGGAAGUAUCCAAAACAAAAAAACAAAAAAAAAAAUCAGUCCGCGCGUCAAAUUAAAAAAGAAAAAUAUAUUGUUUCGGUGCUAGCAAGCUGGAAGGGGAGAGGGGGGGACCCUUUCCUGUGCUCGGUCUUCAUCCCGCUCCCUUGCUGCUAAGCCACCUUUAUUAACAUUGCUGCAAAUGGCAGAGCAGGAGGAGCAGCGGAUCUCCGUCCAGGACGCGCCGGAGCCUGGCAGCUCGCGGACGGGCAGAGCCGUGGGUCUGGCUCGGCUACUGCUCCAAGAAUGUACUCAUCUGCUCCAGCUAUACAAAGAGAGGGAGACCUUCUUGUCGGGCCACACCCCGGGAAGCCAACGCAUCGUGUCCCUGUCCCAGGACUCGGAGGAGCCCAGCGCCGAGGAGCAGGUGCAGCUCCUCCACUCGGCCCUGCGCCAGUGCCUGGGCCUGCUCCACUGUGUCAUCCUGAAGGAGGAGGAGGAGUGGGGCGAGCUGGAGGGCGACUACGAGACCAUGAAGAAGACCGUCAGAGCCCGGCUGGAGCACCUGCUCUCCAUGACCAAAGAUCUGGGGGAGACGGACGACGUGACACUAGAAGUUACCCCGGAUCCCCAGUGUAACGAGGAAGUCGACGGUGCCGGGGGCAUUUUCGGCCUCAAAAUGUGGACAUACCGCGUGCUGCUGGAGUUAAUCCACUGGGCUAACCACGCAGCGCUGACCCUCCAUGUCCUACACACACAGAGAGAAGGGGCAGAGGAGAUUUAAAUUCCUAUGUUUCACAGCCCAGUGAAUGAACUUACUCAACACGAACAAAAUUCGAAUCCACGUAUUCCGAAAUUUAAACUAUAAAGCGGUGCGCGGCGCAAUACACUGUGAAUGUGAGAGUUUUGAAAUUAACUGCUUAACUCAAAUCUAUGCUCCUUAACAAAGCCAAGCAGACGGCUUUUCCCAGACAUCGGUAUUUCCACAGCAAGUGCUAAAGUGACCUUUAGUUUGCCCAAGUAGCUUUUUCCUUUGUGAAAAAAAAAAAAAAGUGAGUUCAGACUUGUGUGAAAGAUGGUUUGCGUUGUGCAGUGGCAGUGUAAGACUGAAAAUGUUAUAUUUUUUUGUACGUAGCGUGUAAUUUAUUUUAUUUAAGUGGAUUUGCCUUUGAUGACUAAUCCUCUGCUGUUUGUAACACUCCAAAAUCUACUAACUGCUAGAAUAUAGCCAAAAAUACACAAUUUAUUAACUGUGACUCACAUGCUGCUGAAUGUGUAGCCUUGUAGUAUUUUAAUAGGUCUAUUAGCUUUUGAUGUAGCACAUUAUUAACAUAUCUAACCUCAGUAAUUCCAAAUUCCACGUUAAGACUGAAUGCUUGUUUGUAGUUUGGCACAACCUGUGAUGAUUAGGUGUCAUGUCUCGCUGCUCUGGUCACCAAGUUUUCUCCUGAAACUAUACUUGAAUGUGCUGCUACACACUGUUAACCAGUCGGAACCAUUAGACCCGGUGGCUCUCGAGCGUUUCCUGUCCCCUCAGAGAACUGUUUGAGAGUCCCUGGAUUUGACUGAGAUUUCGUACACUUAAGGCCUGUAUCCAAAAGUAUUAAACACUGCUCGACACCACCUUCACUACCGUUACCGACACUCCCUCAGUUAAUGAGCUAUGACUUCCAUGUGUGUAGGUGUGGUGAGUUUUCCACGUUCCAUGCUUUCACUUACCUUUGUGAAGAAGAACUGGAUGUGAAUUGAACAUUAAAAUCCCAAACUUAACCCA